AGCCUCUCAGUCUCAGUAAAAGAGACAGUAUACGACUGCAGUCGGAUCAUUAACAGUCCGGCUAAAUUAUAAUAAUAAAAUUGUCGUUUAUUAAAUUUAUUUAUAUAUUUAUUUGUUACUGACAUAAAAUUUUUAAAUUUAUAUUUUUAAAAAAACUAAAUUAUAUAUUAAUAUUGUAAUUAUUUGUAAUUAUGGAUCCCGAGGCAUUUUUAGAUUUGGCCAAUCAGGUCAUUAAAUUAAAAAUGUUUCCGUAUUUCGAUAUCGCACAUAGUGUAUUGUGUGCGCUGCACGUCAGAGAGGAUUUAGGACCCGGGGCACAAGCAUUUUCACGUAAACAUCCGAUAUCAUGUUGGCUGUCAACAAUGCUAGUUGUAUUUGCCGGUGGUAUGUUAUGCAAUGGAUUAUUAGGUGAGCCAAUAUUGGCCCCAUUGAAAAAUACACCCCAAGUAUUUGUCGCAACGGUAGUAUGGUAUGUGAUAUUUUAUACGCCCUUCGAUAUUGGUUACAAAGUUGCUAAAUUUUUACCUGUUAAAAUUUUAUUCUCUGCAAUGAAAGAAAUAUACAGAUGUAAAAAAGUUUACGAUGGUGUUACACACGCCGGAAAAUUAUAUCCAAGUGCAUAUCUUAUUAUGAUACUUAUUGGUACACUUAAAGGUAACGGAGCUGGAUUUACAAAAUUAUUUGAACGUCUCAUUCGAGGUGUUUGGACACCGACUGCAAUGGAAUUUAUGCAACCUAGUUUCCCAACUAAAGCAUGUAUGGUUGCAUCUAUAAUAUUUGUCUUGGACAAAAAGACUGAUUUAAUAUCCGCGCCACAUGCUCUUGUAUACUUUGGUAUUGUUAUAUUCUUUAUAUACUUCAAGUUAUCAUCAAUUCUACUGGGUAUCCAUGAUCCAUUUGUACCAUUUGAGAACCUUAUCUGCCAAAUAUUCUUCGGCGGACUAAUGGAUCGUUUUACAAAAUUAUUCGGACGUGGACAAGCCAAAGAUGAAAAAGCUGACGCAAAAAAAAAUAACUAAUUCAUUUAUUUAUUUUUUUUUUUCAUUAUUUAUAUUCAUUCAUAUA